AUGGAAGCAACAAACAAGAAAGAUUUCGAAACAGUACAGCUUCUUCUGGACGCUGGCGCAGAUCCCAAUGCGACUGAUGAUCAGCCUGAAUUUGAAGUCUACCCGGAUCAUGAGCCCAGAAUGCCUCUCUUAAUCGCCGCGAAAUCCAAAAAUGAGACAAUGGUGCGGCUACUUCUACGGAAUGGAAAGAGUAUCUAG